AAAGAGAAAUAUAUUUUUUUAAAUAAUGUAUCUUUGAAAAACUUGGUUGGGAUGUACAUUUCUAGGAAAUUUCAUGGAAUGUUACUUUCCAAAUGCUUGAACAUUGUUGAAAUUUGUGGCUGUGUAUACGCGUGGAUUAGCCUCUGUCCUGGGGGUGCCAUCUCUCCUGCGAUAGUUUCAGUGAUUUGAAUUGUUCAAUUCAGAGGUCAACAUGAGCGUUUCACUUCACAUAGCUGAUGAGUUUGAGAGGAGGGUUUCAAGUUUGAACUCCCCAAGCAGAGUCCUGAUUGGCAAUGAAGUAGGCAGAAAUGAAAUUCUGAUUCGGAUUGAUAUGCAGGCACCCCUUCAAAUUGCCUCUGCAAUAUCACCAUCGCGACCUGAUGAGGAAGAGGGAGUGACCAAUGAGGCUGAUAUAAGUUCUGGUACAAUUCCUAUUCAGAUCGAUGGGCAUGUCGUUCUCCCAGGUGGCCUGCAAACACCCACUCUUCAACAAAACGCUGCUGCGCUACCAUUGGAUUCUCCUGGAACACCACCUGCACCUAAUGAUGAUCAGGUCCAGACACAAAACUCAAAUGGAACUCCAACUGGCCACGCUCUUAGCAAUGAAAAUGCCCCAAGUGGUGAAGAGCUCACCAAUUUUAUCACACAUCAAGAGUUUGCAGCUUUGAAUCACAUGGUGAGAGAGCAAGAGGUGGAGAUGCUGCACAGAAAGAUGAUUGAAUCAUCCCUUCUGAUUGCCUCCCAAAUAUUUGUUACUUUGUUAUCAGCUUGGCUUGGUAAUGGCAACCAUCCUCUCUCCCGCAAUACAAAAAUCUUACGGGAUUUUGUAGUUGGGAGUACUAUUCUUGGAUACAUAUCCUCAUUUAGCAGUAUCUUGAUGUGUAGACUUAGUACAAGGCUUCCGGCGCGAAUCUUGAACACAAUUGCGUAUGCUGGGGCUGCUUUUGGUUUCAUAGCAACUAUGGGGAUGCUCUUACCCGACGAACUCAAGUUGUGGGUCACCUUCCUUGCCUGUCCAGUUUGCUUUCCUGGCUUAGCAGCAGGAUUUCGUGCAUAACUCAAUUCUCUCUUAGCUCGUCUUCUGUAAAUAGAGUUUUUUCCUUUUUCCUUUUUGUUGCUUUUGUAAGCUGAUAGUUUCAUGUGCGGGGUUAACAUAGUAAUGUCAAGUAUAUAUAGAUAGAAGGUGAAGGUAUGCCAUACCUUGCGAGCUUGGUGGUAUGAAUGAGGCUCCAGUGGCUGCUCACUAGCACGUGCUAUGCGAAACGGAAGCAAAUAAUUGUUCAUGUAUAUUGAGCUAUCAUCAGCAUGUGCUCUUCGCGCUAACUGAUUCCAGCUUGUUAAAUGGAACAGAGUUCUCUGGUUUCAUGCAACGAGCGGAAACAGAGCUCCCCUGAUAAUGUGCUCCAUGAUUCAAUAAAUUUCCAUUGGCUGGCCACCAACCAAGUCAGAUUGAUGGUGAUAUUCCCACUGGUAUGUGUAAGAUUGAGUGAUCCUCGAAAUAUGCUCUAUGUGCAAGCUGGUGCACAUAUAAGUGAGCUUCCUCGACUGUGCUCCUGCAUAUUGGAUGGGAUUCUAUUAGUUCGUUUGGUCGGUUACAACAGUGAGCUUCUGGCUGUGUUCUCCAUGAUUACCGCUUCCUAGAGGUUGCAUAAUUAAGGCAGCAAGAAGGUGAAGGCAUUCUGCGACAUAGUUGUACGUUCCCAACUGCUUACUACCAAAGUGCCGUACGAAAUGGAAGCGAAUAGUUGUUCAUGUAUAUGGGCUAAUCAUCAGCUGUGUGCUCUUCCGCCAACUGAUUCCAGCUUGUUAAAUGGAACAGUCUGCUUUCCUGCAGCAUGCGGCGACAGAGCUCCCCUGACUAGUUGCUCCAUGAUUCAAUUAGUUUUCAUUGUCCGGCCGCUACCAAGUCAGAUUGAUGCUGAUGUUUCACUGGUAUGUGUAAGAUUGAGCUACCCUCGAAUGUGUGCUCUACGUGCACAAGUGGUGUACGUAUAAGUGAGCUCCCUCGUUGGUGUGCUCCUGCAUGUCAGGAACAGAUUCUGUUAGUUUGGUUGGUCAGUGGUAACAGUAAGCUUUCGGCAGCGUGCUUCAUGAAGAGAUUGCAUCAAAAUGAAUAAAGUUUAUGCUGCGGGGAUCAUUGAGUUUUCAAUAAAUUCUAGUUUCUUA